AUGGAGAAGCACUUACAAAACUAUCUGCCAUACUUUAUUAACGAACGUAGUGAAUAUUCUGCUAUUGACUUCUUUAAACACUAUAAGUUUACACAUCGUGAUAAAAAGACUGCUCAUACUGCAUUAUAUAAGUGCCUGGAGUAUAUGUGUUCGAGUUCAGAUUCAGAACUUAGGUCAAAAGCAUUUGAAAUAGAGAAAACUCUAAAGAACGAUAAAUACAAGCAAGUCAUUAACGCAUUCUGGAUAACUAUGGCACAGGAGGAAAAGAAACAAAACUUAGAAGAAAGAAUAGAAAUUGCUGAGAUGAGGAGCAAGCUGUCUGAUGCUGAACAACACGUAACUAUGAAAAAAUUAGUAUACGAACAGGAUAAUAGUGUUCGUGAAAAUUUUAUAAAUGCAAUGAUUAAACCGCCUUCAACUCCAAGGCCUCGUAAACGGAAUUCAGAAAAUUUAUCACCGCCUCCAACUCUGAGGCCUCGUAAACAGAAGUCAGAAAAUUUACCUGAACAUAAUAAAAAUUUUAAGAUGUGUCUCUUUGAAAAUCAAUCUGAAAGCGAGUACGAAGAUGAUGAAAAUGACGAGAGCUCGGAUGAAGAUGAUAUGGUCGAUUUUGAUGGAGUUUCCUUUGAUACGUUUACAGAAAUGAGCGAAACUAAAGGAGAUAUAUGGACACUGAAGAGUGGAGAAAAGGUGAAAGACUUAUUUAUCCGCAUGACAUCAAAGAGCAUUGAACAAGCAAAGGAGAUACAAAUGAAAUCCAAUGGGAAAAAAUUGGACGCGUCUAUUUUAAGUGUUAUCAGGCUCGGGCUUUCUUCAAUUAUCGAUCUUACUUCGGAAUUUUCUGGUGGUAUGUAUUUAUGGUUUGGUGAGGAGUGGCCGGACCUUAAAAGAAAGGCGCUGGCUCUGGUAAACAUCAAACAAAAGAAAUUUGAAGACGUCGUUAAGAAUGAUAUCGAUAAAGUAGAGAAGCUUUGUAGUGAAUAUAAAUACUGGGAAGCCAGGGAUUUUAUAUAUGAAAAAUUGAAGGGACGACCGGAUGGAAUUUUACAACGACAAAUAAUGAAAAUUUUAUUUUUUCAUGAAGGGAAGAAACAAGAUUUGACGGAAAUAGAGUUCGCACUUAAAGUUGUAGGUCCAAUUUUGGACAUAAUUUUUUCUGAUGUUCAGCAUCUCGUUAAACUCAAAUGGGGAGAAACAGUUUCCAAGUCAACAUCAGCUGGUAGAAAGAUCGAUUUACAGAUUAUAACCCAAGAAGGAAAUAUAGAACUUAGUCACUCUGAAUGUGCCCGAUAUGCAACACGAGUCAAGGUUAUAAUGGAUCGUAGUAAAUGUCUACGUACAAACAAAUGUGUCCUUGACCAGUAUCUUAAGAAUGAUCUUUCUGAGGAUAUGGUUGAGAAUUCUGCCAUUCUUGGAUUGCAAUUAGCCGGUAAAGCUCUUUAUCACCUCUCUAUGGACAGGUCAUUGGUAUUGAUCUAUUGGAUGAAGGCUCGUACUUUGGGUUCGAAGGGCCAUCAUUUAAGUUUCCCAGCCAACUCAAUGAUAUUGCGAUUCUCCAGCAAGCUUAAGGAUAGUAUCAUUCGUAAAGCAGGCGCAUUAUCUCAUCUCAACAACAAUGGUUCAAAUCCCUUUUAUAAGAAUUUUCACACUGAAAGUGUUUCAAGACCACAUCAUCGCAAAUAUAAUUUUAUAAGAUCAACUUAUUUCACGCCGAAAGGGCAACUUAAGAAUGAAAUGAGCAUUUGUUCCCAAGGGUCUUCUUCACAAUAA